AUGUAAUUUCUCUGAAUUUUAGGUUUGUUUUCACUUGUCAAAUCCUCUCAGAUAGUCAAUAUAUCAGCUCAACCAGGAGAAAAUGUCACUAUUUGGUGUAAACACACCGCAAACACUGGAGAAAAUAUACACUGGUUCAAGCAGAAACAUGGUGCUGUACCUCUUAACAUUGUACACAAGAUGAUAAGCUACCAGCUUAAGGAACUACAUUUAAAAUACCUAAAUGAUUUUCAACCAGACCGCUUUGUGAUGUUUCUUAACACAGAAAACACAUCACUAAGUAUUUUAAAUGUGGAUAUUUCUGAUUCUGCUCUGUACUUCUGUGGUUGGAACUCUUGGAAAAUUGUGUUUGGUGAUGGAGUACAUCUAGACAUUAAAGUGAAAAGUGAUGCCUCUCUGAAAAAUGAAACAGUCACAAAUACAGUUACAAACACAAAUACAGAUCUUAAGGUUCCGAUCUCUACAAAAGACUGUUCUGGAAACACUUUCUAUACGCUGACCUUUAUUUUUGGUGGCAUUACUGUUAUUCUUCUCAUUGUUACUCUCACCCUUUUUAUUAUUAAAAUAAGAAAAAUACACAAAAAAGAUGAGAAUCAGCAUGCAACACAACAUCAUGAGGAGGCUCAUUCAUCAGUGUAUGCAGCUCUACGAUUCUCAAAACAGAAAACCAGAAGAGCAGCCAGACAUAAUGAAGAUAUAGAAGUUAUAUAUUCUGCUACAAGAUGACACCCGAUCAAUUAAUGUAACCUAAUGUAUUGUCAAGGCUCUAAUAUUUAUAGACUAUUGCUGUACUUAUAAAAUAUAAGUGCACUCUGCAGUGUUUACUAUUGCACAUGAUAAAAGUUAAGAGCAUCAAAUGUGCAGAAAGCCAUUUAAGUAUUUUGACCUUUAUUUUGAUCUGCUGUAUUAUGAACAUGUAACGUAUUCAAAAGGCAGGGGUUGAGAGUGAUGUAAUUUCCUGUAUAGACCCUGACAGGAAGAAGCUCUUCAGAGUAAAGCAAGACGUGCAGAGGGAAACUUCAGCGGACCAAAUUACAAAGCCGUAAAUAUACAUAUCUAAAAUAGCUAUGCAAAUUAUUACAUCAUUUCAUAAUGGUUACUACGUAAGCUGCAAUAGUACAUCAUAAACAUUUUAAUAA